AGCCUUUACAAGGACCUUUACACUCUAAAUAUGAGAGAAAGAGAGAGGAAGAGGGGAUCUCCUAGGGAAUAAGCAGGAAAGACCUAAAUAUUCUCAGUUUCAAAAUUCCCCAUACAAAUUAGUCUUAAGCAUAUCUCUAUUUCUAUUUAGGUCUCAUCACUUCACAUUGUGCAGAAAAACACCAUGGACAAAGGUGUGAAGAAGACAUUCCCCAGUGAGACUGGUGGAACAACCCAGUAUAGGACACAGACAUCCAGUCUACCUAAAGAUGAGGGAAAAGGGAGAACAUCUCAGCCUAUCAGUCAUAUGCCAAACUCAUUUGAUGUUCUAGAUUCUCUCCUGGUCAAAUUAAGUGAGGAAAAGAAUGAACCGAGUCACAACCAAGGGAUUGUAAAUUCAAGACCACUCCCAUCAUCCCUGGAUCCCCAUCAUGCAUUGAUACCCAUGGAUGACAAACAGAAAAUUAGUGGAAAAGUCCUUGCUAAUUUUCCACAAAACUUUAGCCUAGAGGAAGGGAAGUCAAAACAGCAUGGAGUUCUUGGAUCCACUUUGACUGACUACAGAAGUACAGAGAAACCUGAGCCAGAUGUACCAGUCAUAGCGAAUAUAAGUCUACUCCACCCAAGUAGUCAUCUAGAAAUCCUGCCACCCUCACAAACUGACCUGUCCCAUGAGCAACCAAAAGAAUCAAAGGUGAAAGUGACAAGGAAGAAGAAAAGGAAAGAUAAUGAGGAUGGAAAGUUUCUCAAAAGAAAGAGAGAAGAGUCUUUUCAAAAAACAGUGCAAUGCCUCUUAGAAAUGGUUGAAAUGAUGGAAAACAUUGUACAGAAUUUGAUCAGCAGACAAAGAAAAUCUAAACCUUGAGACCACUUGCAACUCCUGCCUACAUUUUGCCUCACCAUAUCCUCCAUAAGUCCUCUGG